AAAAUAUUUGAGGAAAGAGAGAGGGAGCCACGGGCCAGAGGGACGUUCGGUGACCUAUUUAUGUUUUAUGGUUCCGUGCUUCGUCUCAAGUCUCAACAACGUGCAACAGAUCUCCCUUUCUCUCUCUCUCUCUCUCUCAUUUACAUCUCUCUUCCAUUUUCCUUUUCCCUCUUUGAAAUCGGACUCAAACCUCAAGGAAUUGUGCCUGGGACGUUAUCAAUCGAAGAAAUUCAACCCAUAUUACUAUUAAAAUCAUCUAAGAUUUGUAUAAUAAACUCAUUUGUUUGAAUUUUUUCCUCCAAGAAACCAGAGGAUUUGUAUAAACCAAACAUCAACGAUGGAUGGUAUCUAUUUAAAGACAGGGUUUAUUGGGAUCACGACUCCGAUCACCGCAGCCGGCGAGAUUCGUAAAAACACAACUCAAAUUACUACCUCCGCCGUCAGCCGGACGACGGCAAAUGCGAUUUCAUCGGAGAAACCUUCAGUGUCAGGUUCCUCUGCUCCUCGGACAACAGGGCCGUGGGGUUUUUCUUUGAAAUUCCCUCUCCCUUCUUUGUUUGUCGGUAACCGAAACCGGUACGAUGCGUUGGCCGUCGACGACGCCGUUUCUGUCGAUAGAAACGAAGAAACGAAGGAAGAAAGCGAGAGUAACAAGGAAAACGAGAAUUGGGUGUUGAAGAUUCUCCAUGUGAGGUCUAUUUGGAAUGAAAGGAAGGAUGGUUUGAUUGAAGAGGAAGAUCGAGAAGGUAGAAAUCCUUUGGAUCAUCAAGACGAGGUUCCUUUAGAUGAUGCAGAAGAGUGUGAUGCAUGUAGCGUUGAUGAUUACGAUGACGCCCAAAUCGAAUUCGAUAAGGCUUCGUUUUCAAAACUUCUUAGAAGGGUUUCUCUUGCUGAAGCACGGUUGUAUUCUCAAAUGUCCUAUUUGGGGAGUUUAGCUUACUCCAUACCUCAAAUCAAGCCUGGGAAUCUCCUAAAACAUUAUAGACUCCGUUUUGUUACUUCAUCCCUAGAAAAGAAAGCCCAGUUGGCUGCAAAAGCAGAGAAAGAGAAGGCUUUAGACGGGGUGGUUCAGGAAGGAGAAGAUGACGCCAAAAAGAAAGAAGAUCAGACCUCGAAAGCUGAUGGGGUUGAAGAAGAUGACGAAGUAGAACAAACCACAGACACACAAAACAAGGUUGAAAACAAAGAAGAUAAUCGAGGUGGAAAUCUGAUAAAUCCUUCAAUAGCUUAUCAUAUUGCUGCCUCUGCUGCUUCCUACCUACAUUCUCAAACAAGAAGCUUUAUUCCUUUCACCAACAAUAAAUCAGACAGUGUUGGCAUGACGAAAGCAGAGGUUGCUUCAUUAAUGGCAACCACAGACUCAGUGACUGCUGUAGUUGCUGCUAAAGAAGAAGUGAAACAGGCUGUUGCAGAUGAUCUGAGCUCUAUGCAUUCAUCGCCUUGUGAUUGGUUCAUAUGUGAUGAUGAAGGUAGCACCACGAGAUACUUUGUGAUUCAGGGAUCCGAAUCACUUGCAUCAUGGCAAGCUAAUCUGCUUUUCGAACCUAUUGAAUUCGAGUCACUGGAUGUAAUUGUGCAUAGGGGUAUUUACGAGGCUGCAAAGGGGAUUUAUGAGCAAAUGCUCCCUGAAGUCCAUGAUCACCUUCAACGCCAUGGUGAUAAUGCAAAGUUUCGUUUCACAGGGCAUUCACUUGGAGGAAGCUUAUCUUUGCUUGUGAAUCUGAUGUUGUUGAUAAGAAACCAAGUCCCUCGUUCUUCGUUACUUCCUGUUAUAACAUUUGGAGCACCUUCAGUUAUGUGUGGAGGAGAUCGUCUUCUUCAUAAACUUGGAUUACCAAAAAGUCAUCUCCAAGCAAUCACUCUGCAUCGCGACAUUGUACCCCGCGCUUUCUCUUGCAAAUAUCCGACUCGCGUAGCCGAGCUUCUCAAAGCAGUCAACGGGAAUUUCCGGAAUCACCCCUGCCUCAAUAACCAGAAUUUAUUGUAUGCACCGAUGGGGGAGUUUUUGAUUCUGCAGCCAGAUGCGAAACUUUCACCGAGUCAUGAUCUUCUACCUUCGGGCAGCGGUCUGUACAUUUUGAGAUCUGAUGAUGUGAAUGUUUUAGAGGCAGAGAAGCAAAUGAGGGCUGCCCGGUCUGUGUUUUUGAAUACGCCCCACCCGUUAGAGAUCUUGAGUGAUCGAGCUGCUUACGGGUCUGAAGGGGCAAUUCAGAGAGACCAUGACAUGGUCUCGUAUUUGGUGUCGGUUCAGAGUGUCAUCCGUCAAGAGCUUAAACGUGUCAGGAAAGUCAGGAGAGAGCACAGGCGGCGUGCUUGGUGGCCCCUGGUGGUGCCACGUGGCGGUAUUGAUAUGGUGCCAGAUGGUCAAAAUCAGGCCACCAAGCUCAACCUCCUGGGAGGCGAGGCUUUGAAAAGGUUCACGAGUCUGAUUGCAUCUCAACAUAUGAACUUGCUUGUCAUACUGUUGCUUCCUGCAAGAUUGUUGCUUGUGGAGGCAAGUAAUGCCAUCAGGCUCGGAUGA